UCGUUUGGCAUGUUGGUCGUCAUUAUCGAAGUGAAAUACCCCCUUUUUUGAGCUUUUAUAGGUACUCCGACGGAGAGUGCCGGAAGGGGGCCGAGGGAACGGAAUAAAUAACGUUUAUGGGUUGCGCAGUGCGUUGAGACAUAAGUUGGGAUGCCUUCAGCAGCGCUGCAAUCAAGGAUCAAAGCUUUCGAGUCUUUCGCUGACCAGAAGUCAACAAAGUCGACCUCAAAGGUAGUCUUACAGGCGAAAUAUCCUCCAUCGACCAACCUCCUUGAAUCACCUAUCUCACCUACCUCGGACUCCUUCUAUCCAAUUGCACCAUUUACACCUCAAAAGUCUUUGAGCAGGUCACCGUCACCGUCGCCUCCCAAUCUAGGUCGUAGAACUUCAUUAAUCGACCUGAAAGACUGGAUUGUAGACGAUGGUCCAAACACCGCACCGUCACACCACAACGGUAGACAUCUCAAAGGCUUUCCGCGUCUCAGUAAAACACCCCCACCGAUAGCCAACAAACCUGCUGCUGUCCGUUCAGCACCGAUAUCUUCAGCGCCACUCAUUAACUUGGAGUCACCUCCCAAGUCACGGCCACCCCUCCCACCACGUAAACCUUCAUACACGUCAACAGACGCCUCAAUUUCCAAUAGUUCUGUCCCUGACAGUAGUGCUACUCUUCGACCCCCAGGGCGCUCAGACUCCCUCACCGUAGAGCACACUUACCCCCCACCUCGGCCACAUGCUUUUGGUUCGGCUCGCGUAGGCCACGCGCCUGCUUCUUCCAUUUCAUCAUUUCAUUCAGUAUCGCUUUCUGAUGGAAACGACCUGAAACAAACGAGUCCAAGACUGUCCAUACAGUCACCACUUCCCACAAAUGGCGAUAACGAUAGUAGCGUGGACGGUGACAUCGUGAGCAUCGCUGACUCGUUUGAGAAUGUGUCUGCGACUUCUGUGAUAAGUCCCACCACCAAUGUCUCAUUCGAUUGGGGGAAGCCCAUUACCAGGGCAAAUGGCUCACCUAGGCCCGAGCCUCCAAAACUACCUCAGCGGCCAGGCACAAAAAUCCACUUGUCGCCUUCCGUCUCCAGAUCAGUGUCAACAUCGUCAUCUUCAACCACUACCACUCGCCGACCACCACCGCCACCACCAGCCCCACCACCAACUCACCAAUCUCUAUCACGUACUAAACUUCCUUCUUCCCGCACAUCACCAGCCUCCACUUCCGCAUCUACCUCCGAUCGCUCAUCCAUUCUAAGUAACGCAACCACCACCUCCCUAACAAGCACAAGCACUCGAAAUAGCGGGCAACUGACGCGCAAAGCCUCAUUACUCUUGCGACCCACGCCAGUCCCGCCAGCCGCCCGCACACGCUAUGAAGCUUUGUUUGUGGCGACGGUGAUCUGUCGACGGAAAGCAGAAAAAUCUGCUAAGAAAGCCACGCCAAAGUCCCCAUCAUUAUCUCCAUCAUCAGUAAAGAAGAGCAGGCAAGCUGCUGGGUGGAGAGGGCUUUCAGUUGACCUCAUCACCAACCCGGAGAAUCACCCUAUACUGUCCUUGAAAGAGGCAGAUAGCGAUGACGACGACGACAAUGCAGAUCAAGUCCCAGUUGGACUUGAAGAAAGAUUGGGCGGUCGAAUAGUGAGGCUCGUCUGGAGCGCAUCAAAACUUGACCGCGGCAAACUCCGAGAUAUAUGGAACGAUUGUGAUUCACGCUCGACUGGCCUUCUUGAUCGUGAAGCAUUCGUCAAGGGAAUGUGGCGAAUCGACGAAGAGCUCCGAAGAGCCCAGCUAAGUAGACGGACGUCUGCGCUGAGCGCCGCUUCGUCGCAACGCAUUCCCCAUCGUCCGAAGAAUGCAAGCAAUCCAAGAUUGAUAUUGCAAUAGUACGACAUGCUUCACAUAUACCCCGCACCUCUUCCAUACCCAUGGACUAUGACUAUGUAAUAUCUCACGCGCAACUAUAUACUAUACUCACGAUAUAAUUGCUCGUGUUGGACUAGGCUGUGCUCUUUGUGGACUUAUUUGCGGAUACCCGCA